AUGAUGAGCCUGUGCAAGUACUUUGGAAUGCUGCGCAAGGAGCGCGACAUCCGUAAAUGCGUGUCGCGGAUGGCUCAAGACUGGAAAGACAUCCAAGACUCAGGAGAACGAGAUGUGAUGCUCACAAUCGUACUGCCGAUCGUCCUCGACACAAUAGUCAUCGGCAACAACACCGUCAGACCAUUUUCGUUUCAAGGCUACUUUGUUUUCUUCGAUCCGCACGUGAGUCUUUGGCCAACCGACAUCGGUCCACCUUGUAUAUGUAUCCUAUCGUGGGUUUUCACGUUGACUCUGGAGUCCAGACUUUGCAGUUGCCAGACCGUUGCCUUUUGCAGUCUCGCCAUACUGUUCGUUUUGGACAUAUGCGGCCAAAUAGCCGUCACUACCGCGAGGCUGCGGAAACUCGCUGACCGGUUCGACGACGAAGCGCUGGGCGACAUCGUCAGAAAGCACAUAAAAGCUCUGAGGUAUGGUCAAGUGUAA